GUCAGAUAGUGAAAUAUCAUGAUAACGAAUCCUCCGAGUGUUUUUCAACUCAGUUUUUGUGUCUUAUAAUCGACGAUACCGAGCGAGCGAUGUUUCGAGACUGCACGCGCCUUAGAAAUUUGUUCAAUACCAUAUAGUUAUAAAGUACUCCGAAACCUGAGAUUUAAUAUGAAUGGUAUUUCAAGAUUAUUUUGCUGAAUCACAUCUAAAGGCAAACCAUGUCACAGUGCGAAGUGGAAGCUGCAACUCCAGGGUUUCAUCAGCUCAGCAUCACAAUCGAGGCAGCCGUAUUGCGCAAUUCGUCGUUUCUGAAACCUAAUCCUUACGUUGAACUCUCAGUUGAUGACAAGAGCCCUCGCAAAACUGAGAUUGCAAAAUCUACGUAUCAGCCAAAAUGGGUGGAGAAGUUUACCAUUCUUGUAACACCUUACUCCCAGUUGCAUUUUAGACUCUUGGAUCACAGCACCUUUCGUAGGGAUGCGUUGAUUGGUGAAAAGCGAAUUAAUUUGUUUCAAGUUUUGUCUUACUACAAUGGAAAAUUGGAUAACGUCGAAUUAACUCUGGAUUUAAUGAGCGAAAAUAAACACGAUGCUUAUGGCCCACUAUCAAAGGUUGGAGAGUUAGUAACGUUGUUUGAUGGACUAAAAAUUGAUAUGAACGAAGUGACACCUUCUAAUUCCUGUGAACAAGUUCACCACAAUCAAGUUACAAGCGGUGCCCUGACACCACUUGGUUCUUCAAACUCUUCUGACUCUGGGAACAAUCGAAGUAUUCUAAAUGGUGGUGUAAGAGCUCGCAUGCGAUUACACGGGUCAGAGAAUGCAGCACCUUCUGUCAUGCAGCCCGUUAUGCACCGGAGUUCAACAAAUAUUCUUCAUAAUCCUAGUCACAAUGCAAGUCAACCCAGUAAUAAUACCAACAAUGCUCAAAUUGUUGGUCUUACCUCUCCUAUGGCUAAUGGAGUUGGUAAUCAUUUGGCUACUGAAAGUAGCAGUGGAUCAACAGGGCCACCUCCGGGACAACCAGCAUCCGCUGGACCAUCUGGAGUACCCGGGGAGACUGAAAAUGCUAAUCAACCUGAAGAACCCUUACCUGCUGGUUGGGAGAUGAGAUAUGACGUGUAUGGAAGAAGGUAUUAUGUAGAUCACAACACUCGCAGUACAUCCUGGGAACGGCCACAGCCACUCCCACCAGGGUGGGAAGUACGAAGGGAUCCUCGAGGGAGAAUUUAUUACGUAGAUCACAAUACAAGAAGCACUACUUGGCAACGUCCGAACACAGAGAGGCUACAGCAUUUCCAACACUGGCAAGGAGAACGGCAACAUGUUGUCCAACAAGGAAAUCAAAGAUUCCUCUACCCUCAGGCUCAUGGUGGACAAGCUGCAGUGGCUGGUCUUUCAACGGCAGUCGCUGAAGAAGAUGAUGCUCUAGGGCCCCUACCUGCUGGCUGGGAGAGACGCAAACAGCCUGAAGGCAGAGUUUACUAUGUGAAUCAUAAAAAUCGAACAACUCAAUGGGAGGAUCCAAGAACACAAGGACAAGAAACAGGAAUGGACGAACCACCCUUACCUGAUGGAUGGGAAAUUAGAUUAACAGAAGAUGGAGUACGGUAUUUUGUGGAUCAUAAUUCGAGAACUACAACAUUCCAAGAUCCAAGACCAGGGGCGCCAAAAGGGCCGAAAGGUGUCUACGGGGUUCCAAAGGCAUACGAGAGAUCUUUUCGCUGGAAAUUAUCACAGUUCCGAUAUUUAUGCCACAGUAAUGCUCUUCCUAGUCAUAUCAAGAUCAGUGUCACACGACAAACUCUGUUCGAAGAUUCUUAUCACCAGAUCAUGAGACUGCCGGCUUAUGAGCUCAGACGACGAUUGUACAUUAUAUUCAAGGGUGAAGAAGGUUUAGACUAUGGUGGAGUAUCGAGGGAAUGGUUUUUCUUACUGAGUCAUGAGGUACUGAAUCCUAUGUACUGUCUCUUUGAGUAUGCAAACAAAAGCAACUACAGUUUACAAAUAAAUCCGGCAUCUUACGUAAAUCCAGACCACCUACAGUAUUUCAAAUUCAUUGGCAGGUUCAUUGCAAUGGCUCUUUACCAUGGACGUUUUAUCUAUAGUGGAUUCACAAUGCCUUUUUACAAACGAAUGUUGAAUAAGAAAUUGAUCAUGAAGGAUAUUGAGUCUAUAGACCCGGAAUUUUACAAUUCACUUGUGUGGAUAAAAGAUAAUAACAUAGAUGACUGCGGUCUCGAAUUGUAUUACAGCGUCGAUUUCGAGAUUCUCGGUCAAGUCAUACAUCAUGAACUUAAAGAUGGUGGUGAUAAAAUCAGAGUUGUUGAGGAAAAUAAGGAAGAGUAUAUGAGACUGAUGACAGAAUGGCGAAUGACGAGAGGUAUCGAGGAACAAACUAAAGCUUUCCUCGAAGGAUUUAAUGAGGUUGUGCCUCUAGAAUGGCUAAAAUAUUUCGAUGAACGAGAACUCGAGCUCAUGCUCUGUGGUAUGCAAGAAAUAGAUGUUGAUGACUGGCAACGCAACGCUAUUUACAGGCACUACACUCGCAGCAGUAAACAAGUGCUAUGGUUUUGGCAGUUUGUACGGACAACAGACAGUGAAAAACGGGCUAGGCUACUACAGUUUGUCACAGGAACGUGUCGUGUGCCAGUUGGUGGAUUUGCCGAAUUGAUGGGAAGCAACGGACCACAGAGAUUUUGCAUAGAAAAGGUGGGUAAAGAUACUUGGUUACCAAGGUCACACACGUGUUUCAACAGGCUAGAUCUUCCACCCUAUAAAAGUUAUGAUCAAAUGGUGGAGAAGCUGAACUAUGCGAUCGAAGAAACAGAGGGCUUCGGUCAGGAAUGACCAGUUGCAGUUACUCUAAAACGAGAACUGAAUGAAGUCAAACUGCGCCAGAGUGCAAUGCACUCUUAAGAACCAAACUUUAAUGUUGUAUAAAUAUUUCAUCAUAUUAAUAGUUAAUUAUAUACUAUAGAAACUCUAUAGUCUUUAUGCAAAGUAAGUAGAAUUGAAUGACUCUUCUGUCUAUUUUUACUGUGCCUUUGAUGGUGCUGAAAAGUCUUGAAAUAAAUAUUUUUCCUUGCACGUACAAUUAUCGUAUUUUUUAUACUAAAAUACAUAUGCAUACAAAAUCACGAGCAUAAUUUUUGAUAUAUUAGUUGAAGGAUUGUAAGAAUUUUUGCCACGCUUUACCACGGAAGAUAUGUUUGGAAAAGUAUUCCUUGUUAUUUGCUCAAAAUCAUAUUAUUUCAAAAUUUUUCAACUUAUACUCUUUACUUUUUACUUUUAGUCCGCCCUAAAUUAGAGAAACUGUGAUUCUAGAGACUGGUCUAAACUUUUCUACGAACAUUGCAUUUUGACUAUAAACAAUUUGGAAAUAAAAUACAUAGCUGUUGUAGCUAAAAUUAGGCGCGAUUUGUCUCAAGUUAGAGUACUUGGGAGACAUUGCCAAAUGCUGAGGGAUUGUGAUUGGUUCACGUAGAAAUUGUCAAAAGUCGAGAAAAACAACAAAAUUACAAGUACAAUUGGUGUGAUUGUUCUGAUCUUCAAAGAAAAAGUAGAAAUGACCACAAAACGAAAGAAGAAUAAUUUGUUCAUAACCCGACUCAGAAUUGCAUUCCAAUGAAUCGAUAAGGCAUAAGAAUUUACGAUAGACUAAAAAAUUUUCAGUAAUCGAUAGGUAAUGAAAUAUAAGAAUGUUAGAAAAAUUCAGUAUUUGACGCUUUCUAUAUCUCACCAAUCCAAAGUAUAGAUUCCUCGUGAUGAUAAUAAAUAUUGUACAUAAUCGAACUACACAUAAUAAUUUGUAGCAUAUAUAAAGCCGUUUACAAGCAAUGAUUUUAAAGAAAUAGUUAUCUGCUGUAUA